AUGGAUCUCUAUGUUUGGCCCGACGGCAGGGGUAUUGAGUCGUUUGAUAGUGACUGUCUUGUCGUCAUCACUUAUCUUCGACUGGGUGGAUGCCCAAUCAAUCUGAAGUCUUGCCGGAACUCUGACAAAUCAUACUUUUACCGCACUCCACUCUUGAUUCAUGGCAGUAAUGAGGUCACAGGUGUUUCCAAGAUAAUUGAAUAUUUACGCAAAGAGAAUUACGGGCUAGAAUACGAGCUUUCGGACGAGGAGUUGGCUCGUCUCGAAUCUCUCGUUACGUCCCUAGAGAGGCGAGUAACACCGGCCUGUCGUUGGCUUAUUUGGGCUGACACUAGUGUUUACCAUUCGUACACGUCGCUGCUCUAUCGUUCCAACCUAUCUUACCUCCAAGGUCUCUGGUAUCCGCGACGCUGGAGGGAUAAGUUGAUACAAUCUGCUGAGUUCUCUCAACUGACUCUAUGUACUAAUGGAAACACGAAGAAUCGCUACAGAGAUGUUGAAUUAACUCUCUACGAAGGAGUCAUACGCUGUCUUACUGCUCUUUCCUACAUUCUCAGUGACAAACAAUUCUUCUUUGGGGAUAAACCCUCGGCCAUCGAUGCCUACCUGUUUGGACGUCUGUGGCCGCUGCUGAACUACGACUGCAUGCGUCGCCAACAGGAGUCCAAAAUCUGCCACCGCCUUAUCAACCACGUCUAUCAGUGCGAAAAUCUCCUCCAACUUUGCUGUCGAGUGCAACGCCUCUGCUUCCCCUCUGCGGCCAGCACAAUACGCUCUUCUAUGAAUGCGCAAACGGGGGUGGAUGAGAAGGUCGGUGGUGGUGGUGGUGGUGGUGGCGGAUGGUUCUCUUCUCUCUUCGUGUCCCACUCUGUACCCACAGUUUUGCCCCCAUUUCUUGUGCCCUUCCGGGACAGUCUUGUCUUUGCCGUCCUCGUCCUCGUCGUACUCGGGGUUUUUGGCGUCGGCUCGGGUUUCAUCGGCUUCGCUGCAGAGGACGAAAAGGAGGAUAUGGGGUCGAGGGUAAUAGGAGCUGAGGAGUUCAAUAAUAUAGAAAUUGAUGAAUGA